CAAAUAGUUUGCACUCACUGAAUCAUAGUCAGUGAAUAUGAAAUCCAUUCGUUACGUGUAUGCAAAUAUUGUGUGAAUGGACGUGUUGAUUCUAAUGUGAACUGAUCAACCAGUGGCUACGUGUGUUACAAGAGAGAUGACGAAACAUGCUGUAAUGUGAUUGAUAUUUGACUCCACUAAAUCAACACAAUCGACUCACAGUGAAAAUUAGAACCAAUUAUGUUCAAGGUUGUUGUGUUACUCGAAAUGUAUAUAAACAUGGAAACAUGAUUGGAGAGACAGACAAUUCACUUUGAGUUUGGUAAUCACUGACCAUGGUAUUGUUGCCUAAUAGACCUGCACCAGAAUUCAAAGGACAGGCUGUGAUUAAUGGUGAAUUCAAAGAGAUCUGUUUGAAGGAUUAUCGAGGAAAAUAUGUUGUAUUAUUCUUCUAUCCAGCUGAUUUCACAUUCGUGUGUCCCACCGAAAUCAUCGCGUUCAGUGAUCAGGUGGAGGAGUUUAACAGUCGAAAUUGUCAAGUGAUCGCCUGUUCUACAGAUUCUCAAUACAGUCAUCUUGCAUGGGACAAUUUGGAUCGUAAAUUGGGUGGAUUGGGUCAUAUGAAAAUUCCUCUGUUGGCUGACCGUAAACAGGAGAUUUCCAAAGCAUAUGGUGUAUUCGAUGAAGAGGAUGGUAAUGCAUUCAGAGGUUUAUUCAUCAUUGAUCCGAAUGGAAUUCUACGUCAAAUCACGAUCAAUGACAAGCCAGUUGGACGAUCUGUAGAUGAAACAUUACGACUACUGGACGCGUUCCAAUUUGUGGAGAAGCAUGGUGAAGUGUGUCCGGUGAACUGGAAACGUGGUCAACAUGGGAUCAAGGUUAAUCAAAAGUAGACUUUACAUCGUUCUUCAUUGAUCACCGUGAUCGUAUUAUGUGACUAGACAUCUGUAUGCUGUUGUACACAUGAAUCUGUAGUGUGAAAUUAUUUCCCAUAUAAACAACAUCUCACAUUC